GCGUCCGCGAGCCCGGCUCCCAUGCGUCCGUCGAGCGCCGCCGCUCAGCGGCCCGCGGCAGGCCCCGAGCCGCGCCGCCUGUCGGGCUGGGCCGCGCGGCGCUCGCUCCCGCGGACGGCGCGGCGCGGCGGGCGGGGCGGCGCGGUAGCAUAUCCCUCCGCCGGCCCUCCCCCGCGCGGCCCCGGCGCCCCUCCCCGCGGGCCGCGCUCGCCGCCCUGCGCCUCAGACUGUUUUGGUAGCAACGGCAACGGCGCGUCCCGGCCCGGCUCCCGGCGGCUGUUCGGUGUCUGCGGGCCUCCCCGCCCCUUCGUCGUCGUCCUGCUGCCUCUGGCACCCGCGACCGCGCCAGCCCGCGCCUGCCCGCUCGGCGUCCGCGCGUCCCCGCCGCGCUCCGGCGUCUCCUCAGCGCGCCCGGCUCCCGGCUGUCCCCGCCCGGCGUGCGAGCCGGUGUAUGGGCCGCUCACCAUGUCGCUGAAGCCGCAGCCGCAGCCGCCCGCGCCCGCCAGUGGCCGCAAGCCCGGCGGCGGCCUGCUCUCGUCGCCCGGCGCCGCGCCGGCCUCGGCCGCGUCGACCUCGUCUUCCGUGGUGCCGGCCCCGGCCGCGCCGGUGGCGUCUUCCUCGGCGGCCGCGGGCGGCGGGCGUCCCGGCCUGGGCAGAGGUCGGAACAGUAGCAAAGGACUGCCUCAGCCUACGAUUUCUUUUGAUGGAAUCUAUGCAAAUGUGAGGAUGGUCCAUAUACUUACGUCCGUUGUUGGAUCAAAGUGUGAAGUACAAGUGAAAAACGGAGGCGUAUAUGAAGGAGUUUUCAAAACAUACAGUCCUAAGUGUGAUUUGGUACUUGAUGCUGCACAUGAGAAAAGUACAGAAUCCAGUUCGGGGCCAAAACGUGAAGAAAUAAUGGAGAGCGUUUUGUUCAAAUGCUCAGACUUCGUUGUGGUACAGUUUAAAGAUACAGACUCCAGUUAUGCACGGAGAGAUGCUUUUACUGACUCUGCUCUCAGUGCUAAAGUGAAUGGUGAGCACAAGGAGAAGGACCUGGAACCCUGGGAUGCAGGGGAGCUCACAGCCAGCGAAGAGCUGGAGCCUCUGGAGAAUGAUGUGUCUAACGGAUGGGAUCCCAAUGAUAUGUUUCGAUAUAAUGAAGAGAAUUACGGUGUGGUGUCCACAUACGAUAGCAGUUUAUCUUCAUAUACGGUUCCCUUAGAAAGGGACAACUCAGAAGAAUUUCUAAAACGGGAGGCGAGGGCAAACCAGUUAGCAGAAGAAAUUGAAUCCAGUGCUCAGUACAAAGCUCGUGUGGCCCUUGAGAAUGACGACCGAAGUGAGGAAGAAAAAUACACAGCAGUCCAGAGAAACUGCAGUGACCGGGAGGGGCAUGGCACCAACACUAGGGAAAAUAAAUAUAUUCCUCCUGGACAAAGAAACAGAGAAGUCAUAUCCUGGGGAAGUGGGAGACAGAGCUCACCAAGGAUGGGCCAGCCUGGACCAGGUUCCAUGCCAUCAAGAGCUGCUGCUCACACUUCAGAUUUCAACCCGAACGCUGGCUCAGACCAAAGAGUAGUUAAUGGAGGUGUUCCCUGGCCAUCGCCUUGCCCAUCUCCUUCCUCUCGCCCACCUUCUCGCUACCAGUCAGGUCCCAACUCUCUUCCACCUCGGGCAGCCACCCCUACACGGCCGCCCUCCAGGCCCCCCUCGAGGCCAUCCAGACCCCCGUCUCACCCCUCUGCUCAUGGCUCUCCAGCUCCUGUCUCUACUAUGCCUAAACGCAUGUCUUCAGAAGGCCCUCCAAGGAUGUCUCCAAAGGCACAGCGGCACCCUCGGAAUCACAGAGUCUCCGCUGGGAGAGGCUCCAUAUCUAGUGGCCUAGAAUUUGUAUCCCACAAUCCCCCAAGUGAAGCAGCUGCUCCUCCAGUGGCAAGGACCAGUCCUGCAGGGGGAACGUGGUCCUCAGUGGUUAGUGGGGUUCCAAGGUUAUCUCCCAAAACUCACAGACCCAGGUCUCCCAGGCAGAACAGCAUUGGAAACUCUCCCAGUGGGCCUGUGCUUGCUUCUCCCCAAGCUGGCAUCAUCCCUGCUGAAGCUGUUUCCAUGCCUGUUCCCGCUGCAUCUCCUACUCCUGCCAGCCCUGCGUCCAACAGAGCUCUGACCCCAUCUAUUGAGGCGAAAGAUUCCAGGCUUCAAGAUCAGAGGCAGAACUCUGCUGCAGGGAAUAAAGAAAAUAUUAAAGCAAAUGAAACAUCACCUAGCUUUUCAAAAGCUGAAAACAAAGGUAUGUCACCAGUUGUUUCUGAACACAGAAAACAGAUUGAUGAUUUAAAGAAGUUUAAGAAUGAUUUUAGGUUACAGCCAAGUUCUACAUCUGAAUCUAUGGAUCAACUACUAAGCAAAAAUAGAGAAGGAGAAAAGUCACGGGAUUUGAUCAAAGAUAAAACGGAAGCAAGUGCUAAGGAUGGUUUCACUGACAGCAGCAGCAGCAGCAACUGCACCAGUGGCAGCAGCAAGACCAGUAGCCCUAGCGUCUCUCCCUCUGUGCUUAGUAAUGCAGAGCACAAGAGGGGGCCUGAGGUCACGUCCCAAGGGGUGCAGACUUCCAGUCCAGCCUGCAAACAAGAGAAGGAUGACAGAGAAGAGAAGAAAGACACAACUGAGCAAGUUAGGAAGUCAACAUUGAAUCCCAAUGCAAAGGAGUUCAACCCUCGUUCUUUCUCUCAGCCAAAGCCUUCUACUACCCCAACAUCGCCUCGGCCUCAAGCACAACCUAGCCCUUCCAUGGUGGGUCAUCAGCAGCCAGCUCCAGUGUACACUCAACCUGUGUGUUUUGCACCCAAUAUGAUGUAUCCCGUUCCAGUGAGCCCAGGCGUGCAACCUUUAUACCCAAUACCUAUGACGCCCAUGCCAGUGAACCAAGCCAAGACAUAUAGAGCAGGUAAAGUACCAAAUAUGCCCCAACAGCGACAAGACCAGCAUCAUCAAAGCACGCUGAUGCACCCUGCCUCCGCCGCUGGGCCGCCCAUCGUAGCCACCCCGCCCGCCUACUCCACGCAGUACGUCGCCUACAGCCCUCAGCAGUUCCCCAGUCAGCCUUUGGUCCAGCAUGUGCCACAUUAUCAGUCUCAGCAUCCUCAUGUGUACAGCCCUGUCAUACAAGGCAAUGCUAGGAUGAUGGCGCCACCAGCACAUGCUCAGCCUGGCUUAGUGUCGUCUUCAGCUGCUCAGUUCGGGGCUCAUGAGCAGACGCAUGCGAUGUAUGCAUGUCCCAAAUUACCAUACAACAAGGAGACAAGCCCUUCUUUCUACUUUGCCAUUUCCACCGGCUCCCUCGCUCAGCAGUACGCACAUCCUAAUGCCACCCUGCAUCCUCAUCCUCCCCAUCCUCAGCCUUCGGCCACCCCCACCGGACAGCAACAAAGCCAGCAUGGUGGAAGUCAUCCUGCACCCAGUCCUGUUCAGCAUCAUCAGCACCAGGCCGCCCAGGCUAUUCAUCUGGCCAGUCCACAGCAGCAGUCGGCCAUUUAUCAUGCGGGGCUGGCACCAACACCACCUUCCAUGACACCUGCCUCUAACACACAGUCUCCACAGAGCAGUUUCCCAGCCGCCCAGCAGACUGUCUUCACCAUCCACCCUUCUCACGUCCAGCCGGCAUACACCACCCCACCCCACAUGGCUCAUGUACCUCAGGCUCAUGUACAGUCAGGAAUGGUUCCUUCUCAUCCAACUGCCCAUGCGCCAAUGAUGCUAAUGACGACACAGCCACCCGGCGGUCCCCAGGCCGCCCUCGCUCAAAGUGCACUACAGCCCAUUCCAGUCUCGACAACAGCGCAUUUCCCCUAUAUGACGCACCCUUCAGUACAAGCCCACCACCAACAGCAGUUGUAAGGCUGCCCUGGAGGAACCGAAAGGCCAAAUUCCCUCCUCCCUUCUACUGCUUCUGCCAACUGGAAGCACAGAAAACUAGAACUUCAUUUAUUUUGUUUUUUAAAAAGAUACACUGAUUUAACAUCCAGUAGGAAUGCUAACAGUUCACUUGCAGUGGAGGAUGGUUUGGACCGAGUAGAGGCAUGUAGGGACUUGCGGCUGUUCCAUAAUUCCAUGUGCUGUUGCAGGGUCCUGCAAGUACCCAGCUCUGCUUGCUGAAACUGGAAGUUAUUUAUUUUUUAAUGGCCCUUGAGAGUCAUGAACACAUCAGCUAGCAACAGAAGUAACAAGAGUGAUUCUUGCUGCUAUUACCGCUUUAAAAAAAAAAAAAUCAAGACUUGGAACGCCCUUUUACUAAACUUGACAGAAGUUCAGUAAAUUCUUACCGCCAAACUGACGGAUUAUUAUUUAUAAAUCAAGUUUGAUGAGGCGAUCACUGUCUACAGUGGUUCAACUUUUAAGUUAAGGGAAAACUUUUACUUUGUAGAUAAUAUAAAAUAAAAACUAAAAAAAAAUUAAAAAAUAAAAAAAGUUUUAAAAACUGA